AGCAAGGACUCGAGGUUAAAACAGUGCUGAUGUGCGUCAGUUUAGUCAUCGCUCCGGUGCGCAGGUGCAUGUCUGCGCACAAUAGCGCGACUGUCUCGCGCCACAGGUAGUAUCUGGACUCAGGUGUUGUAACACGACACUGAACCAUGUGAUCAGCGAUGAGAAUUUAGGAAGAAGAAAAACCCAGCUCGAGCAUUCACUCAACACACUAGUAAAUACCAACCGCACAAGACCACCAUUGAUAGCAGGGCAGGAUCUCGAAGGACAAUGUAUUAUUAUUAUGAGCAGGACGCCGGAGUGUCGCGAUAGUUUCGGUUUAAAGGCUUCAUUUAACCGGUAAGGUGAGGCGGAAGCGAGCUACGGUCAGAUAGGCUAUAUUGGAUAUACACAGUCUACAUAUAUUCGUCUGGAAACAUUGUGGAUUAUGAAGGUGGACACACAGCUCGCUAGAGACAGAUAGGACUGCUUUUAUUCUUUGAUCUCGGACAUGAUUUAUUGAUCAGCUCUGCUCCACCCUACCUGGAGCAUCAGCCCCUUCUGGUUGAGGGUAGGGGUGCAGAUUGACUCCAUCCCGGAGAUGAUACGGCAGGUUGGGCUAUUGGCAGGGAGUUUUCUGCUGCUGCUGCUUCUCAGGAAUGUUUCGGCCCAGGGGGAAACGGCCACAAUGCCCAAUAGCACUACAACUCCCAGCCCAGACCAGGGCCCUAAUAUUGUGGCCAUUGUAGUACCAUGUGUGGUCGUGGGACUGCUGGCUAUUUUGACGGCUGUUCUGGUGUUUCUGUUCUGUGUGGUAAAGAAGAAGAGACAGACGGAAGGGACGUAUCGACCCAGCUCAGAGGAGCAGUCAGGAACACGUAGUGUUGAGACGCCUGACGCUCUGAAAUUACCCAAGGAGGAGAGACUGAUUUGACACACUGGUUUAUGACUAACCAGCAGCACAUGAUAAUAGUAACUCAAUUCCAAAACGGUUAAACAGAUAAACAUUAACUAAGGACCGUUUCUGAAGGCACGAGGCACAACUAUGUUUUGGCUAAACAAAGCGAGUCUGACUACUUGGAAGAAACUUGGAACAGAUCCUCUCUCCAAAAGGCCACAUAUUUCACAGUACAGAUCAUCUAGCGUUUCAUGCCAUUUUAGACUGGUAGCUUUUCUCUGAAUACUUUAUUUGAUGUUGUGUUACCUGUUUUAAUGGUUGCUUUGCACAUACAAAUGCUGAUAUUUGUAUGUAGUGUUAAGAUAUGUUUAAAGGUGAAGUGUGUAAUAUCUGCACCACUAGUGGCACAAAACAGAAUUGCAGAAUGUUUUGCAUUCAAAAUUGGCCAGACUUAAAGGGAUAGCUCACUAAAAAAUUACCAUUCUGUCAUCAUUUACUCACCCUCAAGUUGUUCAAAACCUAUAUGAGUUUCUUUCUUUUGUUGAGCAGAAAAGAAGGCAUUUUUAAAAAUGUUGGUAUAACAAACAGUUGAUGGUAGUCAUUAGUAUGGAAAAAAAAAAUAUAUAUAUAUAUAUACUAUUGAAGUUAAUGGCUACCGCCAACUGUUUGGUGACAAAAUAAUGACAAAUCUUUCAUUUUUGGGUGAACUAUGCCUUUAACAGCACCAGCUCAACCAAUGGUGUGAAUUUGGGUGCGGGACUAUCUGUUUGACUGAAUAAUGGUAGAUGGCUACAUUUGAAACUUUAAAUUUAAUUUUUACAUUUAAAUUAGUCAUCAAUUUUUCAUUUCUGUUUGUUGGCACUAGAUUAUGCACACUACACCUUUAAAUAUUUAUUCAAAUCAAUUUGUUCACAAUAUAGGAUGUUCAUAAUCUCAUAUCUGGUAUGUUUGUUGAAACCACUUUUCACAAAUCAUUUCAAUAUCUGUAUUUGUUUAGAUUUACCUCAGUAAUGUUUUCUUAUAUAUAAUUUAAUCUAAUAUUGUCCAGAAAUUUGAUCAGUGCAACAAUUGGAUGCUACUUGGAAUCAUUUUUGAUUCUUUUAUCACAGCAUGAAUGUUUACACUCAAAUAUUUCAUGCAUUAUGUUUCACUGGAGUGCCUUUUCAAAUUUCACCUUUUCAGAAUCUGCUAAAUUGUGCAGUUUUUAAAUAUAAGAUUAAAAGGCACAAUGGCAUGCUAUAUUGUGAAUAUAAUCACGGCUAAUGGGUUUUGUUAGGCACAAAGCUCAGUGGAGUUACUAUAUUUACAAUACAGCAUGGCCUCAGGUGCCUUUGCUUUUUAAAAAAUAUUUGUUCCAUGUUAAAAAUAUUGAGGACAACACAAAUUUACAUUAAAACAUUAUUUUAUUAAGCUAAUUAAUUAAGUGUUAUUUUUUUCUGCUGAAGACAAUGUAAUAGAAAGUUGCUAUGCAACAAAAUAAUUUGCCGUGCCCUAUUAUAGUCUAUUCUAUAUUGCGGAACUUAGCACGACUUAUUGGUUGUCUUCUGUCUUCCAUUUGUAUUUCCACGGCGUGAAAGGUCAUACAAAUUUAUAACUGAACCGCUCGUUUUAAAAACUUCCCAGUUGCAAAACGGAUGUUCAAAGACAAAAUAAAGACGGCUGUGCACUUGUUUCUCU